AUGGGUUUCCGCCACAACAACCUGCUGCAUAACAACCACUUCCACAAGGACUGGCAGCGCCGGGUGCGUGUGUGGUUCGACCAGGCCGGCCGCAAGAAGAGCCGUCGUAAUGCUCGUGCCGCCAAGGCUGCUGCUCUGGGCAUGCGCCCUCUGCAGCCUCUGCGCCCUGCCGUCCGUGGCCAGACCCUGAAGUACAACACCAAGCUGCGUCAGGGCCGUGGCUUCACGAUUGAGGAGCUCAAGGCCGCUGGUAUCCGCAAGGUCGAGGCCCUUUCGAUCGGCAUCCCUGUGGACCACCGCCGCAAGAACAGGAGCGAGGAGGGCCUCAAGCUCAAUGCUGACCGUCUCAAGGCUUACAAGGAGCGCCUGAUUGUGGUGCCCCGCCCCACGAAGCAGAACAAGCAGAAGAUGCCCGACCUUUCGUCGGUGGCUACGACGCGCACGACGAUCGAGGCUUUCCCUAUCCCCGCUGGCACCACGCCCGAGGCUCCCCGCGCCAUCACUGCCGAGGAGAAGGAGUCGAACGCUUUCCGCACGCUCCGCAUGGCCCGCGCUAUCCACCGCCACGAGGGUGCCCGCCAGGCCCGCCAGGCCAAGCGCGAGGAGGAAGCUGCCAACGCCAAGAAGUAA